AUUUCCUCUUCACACAUUAUCAAUCGAGUAAAGAGAUGACGACACUUCAUCUCUUACUCUUUCUGCUAAUGGCUUGUGGCAGAGCGCAAAACAGUAAGCUUGCAAAAGCAAGUCCCACAGAGGAGAAGCUGAGCUUCUCUGCGGCUCAGACGGGAAAAUCAAGCACGAGCUUUCCUCUGAUACACAUCAAUGCCAAGUGCUCCCCUUUCCGCAACAGUAAUUCAACGUUGCUGACCACCAUGUUGGACUCAAUAAAGGGCGACGUCCAGCGCUACCGCGCAAUAACUCGAGUAGCCACCAGGUUUACUAUACAAGAGGACACCGACGUCCCUUUGACCUCAAAGAGCGGUGACUACAUAAUAAAUCUGGGCUUCGGCACGCCCCAGCAGAGCUUCUACAUGUCCCUCGACACUGGCAGUGACAUCUCCUGGAUUCCCUGCGCCCUCUGCACCGAUUGCACAGGGAACAUCUUCGACCCCUCCAACUCACCCACCUUCCAAUUCCUCAGCUGCUCUUCGGAGACGUGUCAAGCACUGGGUAGCACUCCAAACUGCGGGAAUUACAACUGCAGCAUUACCCAGACCUACGGCGAUGGAUCCGAGGUGAAGGAACUCAUGUCAACGGACUCUCUCGCCGUGGGCUCGCAGUCCAUGCCCGACUUUAUUUUCGGCUGCGCCAAAGCUCGGACAGGGCUUAUCACCUCCACGCCCGGUUUGGUCGGUUUUGGAAGAGAUUCGCUGUCGUUUCUUUCACAGACGGCGAAUCUGUUCCAGGAAACAUUCUCUUAUUGCCUUCCGUCGCCUGAAUCCACGGGCUGCCUUGCGCUCGGGAAAGCCGCCCUUUCCUCCCCUGGCUUGCAGUUUACUUCCCUGUUGUCAAACGAUGCAAAUCCUUCAUUCUAUUACGUUGGGUUAAACGGAAUCUCGGUUGGAGAAGACCUCGUGGAUGUGCCGGCGAUAGAUCAGUCGAGCGGAGACGGGACAAUAAUAGACUCGGGAACCUUUAUCACUCGGCUGGUGGAACCUGUUUACGGUUCUGUGAGAGACUCUUUCGUUCGUCAACUCUCGAAUCUGAGUCGGGCAGCUUCGUAUUCGAUCUUCGAUGCGUGCUUCAAUUUUCCUCCGGGGGAUGUGGAGGUGCCCCAGAUGACGUUGCAUUUUGAUAAUAAUGUGGAUGUGGCUCUGCAGCAGAUUAAUGUUUUAAUUCCUGUGGAUGAGCAGGGGUCGGUGCAAUGCUUGGCUUUCGCGCCUCCACCUGGGGACCCCUCAGUUUCCAUGGUAUCUAUAUUGGGGAGUUACCAGCAGCACAACUUCCGAGUAGUUUAUGAUAUUCCUGGUUCUCGACUUGGAAUUGCUCCUGAAAGCUGCGAUGGUUGAUGGUUGAUGGUUGAUUGAUUACGCAGUCUUCUUCUCCGCCGCUUUAAUCAUUUUUAUAGCGAAAUAUUCGCUCCAAAUAAUUUGUCUUUACAGAAGGGUGGCCGAGUUACAUCGCUUGGUUGGUAAUUGGUCAUACUCAUUAUUAAGGGUAUGGUUUUCUCAUUAUUAUUAAUUUAAUUAGAUAUAUUAAGUGUGCCUUGAAAUAAGUGAUUUUAGUGGAAAAUACAAUGUUUACAUAUUUUUCCAUCUCCCACAUGAUAUCCAUCUCACUUGUUUACCUUAGAGGCUUUUAGGUCAUGAAGGAUAAAGUCUCAAAAACUUAGCCUAAUUUUAUAUUUUUUGACAUUUAAAUCCAGUAUCAUAAAACAUUUUAGUCAAAUAACCACUCUCUCACCUUCUUUGUCUUUUUGUGAUGAGCCCUUGCAUUUGUCUAGUUACAAGGUGGUAGGGUUAGGGAUAUUGCUUGCCCUUACUUUUUAUCUAGUCCUAGAUGAUGGAACCUUACAUCCCAUUGCUUUCAUGUGGCUAGGCUUGGGGUCGCAAAAUAAACAAGUACAAAUUUAUGGAAUGGAAAAGUGUUCCUUCUCAAACACAAUAUUUUAUGGAUGGAUUCAUUUUAAUUGAGACA